AUGGUAAUAAGAUACUGUCCAAGGUGCCCAUACUUUUCUGAACAGUUCACGAAGGUGGUCAACCACAUCGGAGUCGUUCAUAGCGGUGACGACAACUUCACAGUAUAUUGUGGAAUCGCCGGUUGCACAAAUAGCUACAACCGGUUUUCAUCGUACAAAACUCACCUUUAUCGGUGUCACAGGGAUCUGCUGGAAAGCACUGGAAGUGCCUUCGACCGCGACCGAAGAAAUGAAAUCCAGGACUGCCCAGCCACUGACCAAGGGGUUCUGAGUGACGAUGCUGAAAUGCCACAAGCGCCCCAGCCGCAACAAAGCAGCGGAUCUCCAGAAAGAGAAGAGUUCAGCGAUUUUGUGACAGAAGCCAAAGCUGCUAUUUGGAACUUCUUUUUCAACACAACUGAAAACCACAAACUGGCACACACUGUGGCCGAAAAAAUCUUCGGCAAUCUGCAACUUGUUUUUGAGCGCAUCAUCAAGGCAUAUGCUGCUGAAAUCGCAGCCAAGAUUGAUGCGUCUGCUCUGUCCCCAGAUGCCAUCUCACUGUUGGAAUGUUCGUUCCUGCCCCGCCUUUUUGAGGGGAUACAAAGCAAACACAUGAGAGAACAAUAUGCAAAGACACAUUUUCCAUAUGUCGAGCCAGUAAAAUGUGAUCUCGGUACUGAAGGGGGCUGCUAUCACUAUGUUCCAGUCCCGAGACUCCUUGCAAAGCUGUGCGAGGUUCCUGACAUCGCUGCCCAAAUCUACACACCACAACUGCGCCGUGACGACCCCAAGGUGUAUGCCGACUUCACUGAUGGGCUCCUGUUCCAAGAUUUCAGGGAUCUUAUUGCGGAAGGAGUGCAGUACACCAUUUUUCUGAUGCUAUACAGCGACGAGGUAGAGAUAUGUAACCCCCUAGGAGCGAAACGGGGCGUGCAUAAGCUGCUCGCCGUGUAUUUCACCUUGCUGAACCUGCAUCCAAGGCACAGGUCACAGCUGAGAUCCAUCUACCUGGUGCUCCUUGUGAAGUAUGAAGAUGUACAGCAGUAUGGCUUGGACGUCAUUCUGAAGCCAUUCAUCAGUGAUCUUAAGGAACUGCACUCAUCUGGGCUUACGUUCACGAGCGGAGGAGCAGUGCGCAAUGCACAAGUGUUUGUGCUAUGCGUGUGUGGAGACAAUCUGUCCAUGAACCGCCUUGGAGGGUUUUCAUGCUGUUUUAGUCAGGGCAGGGUAUGCCGCUUUUGUAUGGCAGCAUCUAAAAGUCUGCUAGAGGUCACAACUGAGGAUUCCUGUGCCCUGCGUUCAGCUCAGGCACAUGAGCAGCACCUGCAAGCCAUUGCUAUUAAUCCGAUCGCCAACAAGAAACUUUAUGGUGUCACUGAACGCUCCAUACUGCUGGAACUGCCCUACUUCGACGUCACGCGUCAGUUGCCUCCCGACCUGAUGCAUGACAUUUUGGAAGGGGGGUUUGAGUGCAUUCUCCGACAAGUUUUGAAGGCAUUAGUUCAGGGGGGCACGCUGGCAUACAGCGAUUUGGAUUACAUAGCUUCAUUCGAGUACGGAUGGAAUGACAAAAAGAACAAGCCUGUUGCAAUGAACAGGUCCUUUCUGACAAGCAAAGCGAACCUGAAGGGCACUGCUUCUGAAAAGUGGUGCCUUCUCAGACUCCUGGGUCUGAUUCUUGGGGACCUGGUCCCAGAAGGUGAUGCGGACUGGGAGUUAUAUCUGCAGUUCCGCGAGAUUGUGGACAUCGUCUUUGCUACGGUAAUACCAUGCGAGUACCUUCCGUACUUAGAGACGACUGUGCAGACCUUUCUCGUGGACUUUGCACAGCGAUAUGGUGCUGCAGCCAUAACUCCCAAGAUGCACUACCUGGUGCAUUACGCCAGACUGAUUCGAGAACUUGGACCACUGCCACAGUUUUGGUCAAUGAGAUUUGAGGCCAAGCAUCAAUAUUUUAAGAGCCUCGCCUCGCGCGUCAAGAACUUCCGCAACAUCACUCGAACCCUGUCAACACGGCAUCAGCUGAUGCUGAGUCACCAGCUGAAGGAGUUUUCAUUUGAUUCUGACCUCGUGACCCCAUCUGGCAAGCCAGUUGAGCAGAGCGCUCUACCUCCUUGCGCUCAAGGAGUCCUGCCACUGAGUGCGCGCCAGGUGUCGCGUGCGUCACUCGACCACCGUGAGUACCGGUGUGGUACUGUCCUGGUGAAACCUUCCCAGGAUGCCGAGCCACACUUCUGUAGAGUGGAAGCUCUGUAUGUUGCCGAACGCAAGCUAUUCAUUUUGAUUGAAUUGCUAACGAACAAAGGUUUUGAUCGGCACAGGUUUUGCUAUCAGGUGCGCAAGUCUAGCGAGCUGAAACUCGUGAAGGCUGAAGAAGAUGACACGCUUCACUGUGCUUUAGAUUUAUACAAUGAGAGUGAAGUUGUGCCCAGAUGGGAAGUACUGUAA